CCUUCUCUGUUGAUGUAGUUCACACAGCAUCGCAGAUGAUGAAACUCUCUUCUGAUCUUCCGUUUGAGGUGUCGCUUCUGCUGUAGAUCAUGGACAUGGGGAAUGCCACAGCAGGGUUCAUUCUCCUGGGACUCUUUAACCACACCAGAGCCCACCUGGUUCUCUUUGUGCUGGUUCUGACUGUGGCCCUCAAUUCCGUAGCAGGCAACGCCCUCCUGCUUCUCCUGAUUCACCAGGACCGCCGGCUCCAUACACCCAUGUACUUUCUCCUGAGCCAACUCUCCCUUAUGGACAUGAUGCUGGUCUCCACCAUAGUGCCCCAAAUGGCAGCUCAUUAUUUAACGGGCAAGAAAUCCAUCUCUGCUUCUGGCUGUGGCUUCCAGAUCUUCAUCUUCCUCACACUAGAAGGUGGAGAAUGCUUCCUCUUAGCAGCCAUGUCCUACGACCGCUACGUGGCUAUCUGCCGCCCACUGCGCUACUCGGUUCUCAUGAGCUGGCAGUUAUGUCUGAGACUGAGCUUGGGGUCUUGGCUCCUGGGAGCAGCUGAUGGAGCCAUGCAGGCCGCUGCCACCCUGAGCUUCCGGUUUUGCCGCGGGAAUGAAAUGGAUCACUUCUUCUGUGAGGCCCCUGUGUUGUUGCGCCUGGCUUGUGGUAACACGGCUGCCUUUGAGUUUGUCAUGUACAUCUGCUGUGUGCUGAUGCUUCUGGUCCCCUUAUCCCUCAUCCUGACCUCGUAUGGCCUCAUCCUGGCCACUGUCCUCCAAAUGAGAUCCGUAGAAGCCGGCAAGAAGGCCUUUGCCACCUGCUCCUCGCACCUGGCAGUGGUGGCACUCUUUUAUGGAGCUGCCAUUUUCAUCUACAUGAGGCCCACAUCUUCCAGGUCAGCUAAGCAUGACAAGAUUGUAUCCGCAUUCUACACUAUUGUCACCCCCAUGCUGAACCCCCUCAUCUACAGUCUUCGGAACAGUGAGGUCAAGGGCAGCCUGAGGAAGCGUGUUACCCACUGCGCUCCCCUCACUAGAAAGGAUGCCUUGGUUUGCUUGGAUUUGGGUGGUUGUACAAAGAGGAAAGGUAUACAGUAGUCCCCUUCCCAGGGAUAAUGUCUCAGGAUGCCCAGGGGAUACCUGAGGCCACUGAGAAUUCCAAGCUCUGUUGUUGAUUUUAUUUUCUACCUUAAGUCUUCUAUCCUGUGCUUGGAACUGGGGGAAGCAGAGGAAUUUCAGCAAAACUGAAAGAGUUUGUCCUUCCUCUCAAUUUCAUGGACACCUUUAUUCCUACUGAGGGCAUUAGCAAAAUCAGCAGGCUACUUCCUCCUUUAGUAAAGGGGGAGCUUCCAUAGUUUAACUUGGUAAGUACCUUACAGCUUGUCUUUAGGGGAAGGGUUUUCAAGAGAGGGUCUCUCUGUGUAGCCCUAGCUUUCCUGGACCUCACUAUGUAGACCAGGCUGGCCUUGAACCUAGAGAUCCUCCUUCCUCUGCCAACCAAACACUGAGAUAAAAAGUCAUGCACAAUCAGUCUCCGGCCAGUGUGUCUUUAACACAUCUAAAUUUCAGUAUGACAGCUUUUACACUUUGGGGAAAUAAAGGUCACUAGAACUGAGGUGGCUCCUCUGUGACAGAUGGGUGGGUUGCGUACACAGAGUGGAUACGCUGGCCAGAACUGGGUGCCAGCACUGUAAGCCGUCUCGACAUGUUGCUCAGCAGGUAGCACUGGAAGUUGACUCCCUCUGGAAGUUCUCACUGUUAUCCAACUGGCAGUUGUCUCAGGCAGCUCUGGGUGUGGAAAGUGAGGCCACGAGUAAGGGCUGUACGUGUGCGUCUGUGCCCGUGUCCUGGUUAUUUUCUGCUUUACUCUGAGGUUUUGGUAAAACCACAUGCUGGGAGCUGAUUACAGAGCUGCCGUCUCAUUUCAAAAUGAACCCUCAACAAACCGGAAAAAUCACAAAUUCGCUGAGAAAAGCUCUCAGGCCUCACUACACCCGGAUUUUGGUACCAGCAGGGAAUGAAGUAACUUUGAGUAUUAACUGCCAGCUGGUUUCAAGUCACCCUUUUCAAGGUGGAGGGCACUCACAGCAAGCUUUAUCUUCCUGACAGUUCUACCGAUCUCAGCCUUUGUGCCUGCUUGUUACCAAGAGAUGCAAAGUCCAAAACUGCACAGGGGUUUCUUGAGUCUUUUCUAAUGAAACAUCUGCCCACGGAUUCAAGACUAGUCUGAAUUCCAUUUCCAUCCUAUACUGUUCCAUCGCUGGACACUGAUGGCACUGUGGGUGCGCGUGUGCGUGCGAGUGCAUGCAUGUGCGUGUGCGUGCGUGCGUGUGUGUUUGUGUGUGUGUAUGUGUGUGUGUUUAAUACAUUGUGAAGAUUCUCUGCAUUUUUAUACACCCCAGAGCUAUUCUUUUAAAUUGAUAAUGGUGCCCAGUGUUUCAAAAACCACCAUUUGUUCCCUGAUUUGUGAUGGACAUGUGGAAGGCCUUCAACCUUAUUUCAAUUACAUUUUUAUGUAGAUACACUUGCUUGAUGGAUGAUGAACCUUUUAUCAGAUUGUUUACUUUUGAACUCCCACAAGCAGUUCACACAGGGUGCGGCUGCCCCAGGCUUUAUCAACCCUUUCCACUCAGGAAGUCUGGCAGCACCUCAUUCUGCUUCCUGUGUGUAUUUCCCUGGUAGUUUCUGAGGCUGAGUGUUUUUAUACAGAUUUACUGCUAGGCUGGGUAUCUUCUUUUGUUAACUUUGUAUUUCAGUCUUGGAAAAUAAAAAUAAAAAAUGCCCCUGCUUCCCCAGCAAACAACUAGUGAUUCACUCAGAUAUUCAUAGGAGUAUUUGGAAUUUUAAAAUAAAGCUGUAUGUUAGAAUGUUCUCAUUCAAUGUCUGGGCUUUUUCACUUCGUGUGGACUUGGGGGUUCCUUUUCAGUCUCUUCCACUUUACUCGAAGCAACGAGUCUUGACUGUUGGUUGAGCUGAUUCCAGCACCUGUUUCUAUUCCACCAAGGAAUUCAGCCCCCGAAACACCUGAAACCUUUCUUAUGAAGAAUAGUGUCCUAAUACACAACAUUUCAGGUGAAGGAUGAAAAUAGAGUUUAAAAAAACAAAGCUUUAGAUGGCAGAGCAUACAU